GAAGCUGUUGACUUUGUCAUGUUUCAGUUGAGGAAGAUGGUACCAGACGCAACAGAUCCGAUUCAACAUUUGGUUUCGCCUUGGGGCACUGAUCCAGAUUCUCUUGGGGCCUAUUCUUGCGAUUUAAUUGGAAAACCUACCGAUCAAUAUGAGAGCCCCUGUGAUCCUGUUGACAAUCAGUACUUUGCCGGUGAAGCUGCAAGCGCUGAUCACUCUAGAUCUGUUACAGCUCGUGAUGAGGGAGGAUUGACAGAAGCCAUGGUUCCUCUUCAAAUUUCUAGGAUGUAAAAACAAAUUUCCCUUAAAACUCUGCCCAUUUUCAGAUAUCUUAGCAUGCAGUAAAACGCACUGGAAGCUUAUGAUUAUUACUAUGUUGUAACUGCUGUGAUAUGAUGAUGAACACAAUGUCAU